AUGGCCUCUUCUUCAGUUUUCACCAUUCAUUCAUUCUCAGCUUCCCAGCAAAAAAUGAAGGUUUUCUUGCUUCUUCUCAUUUGCCUGGCAACAUUGACUUUCAGUCAGCCGGAUGAAAAUAAUAAUGGAUUUAUUCAAAGGAAUUUCUUCCCGUGCACAGUGUACUGCCCAGAUAAUCAACUAUGUGUUCAUGGCCAAUGUGUGGAUCCAAAGGAAGAACCGCCUAGGUUUACGGAGUAAAACGACACUGUUUUUAUUCGUUGUUAAUAAAUUUCUUUUUU